AUGUCGGCUCAGUCCGCAAUCCAUAACCAGAUGAUGUAUGAUGCCUUUCCACAGGGCAAUUAUGACCAUCACCCCCUCCUCCAACCCAACGGGGCGAGGCUACUCCCGGAUUCAGACUUACAAUUUGCACCUACGAGCGAAGGGUACGACAAUGUCAAACCCAUGCUCAUGAAUAUCCAAGAAGACGGUGUCGCUCAAAUGCGCCACUAUAGCCCACCCCAUUCGCGAGUUCCGUCUGCCAGCUCUGUCCUGUCAAACCCUCGCAAGCGCAAGGCUUCGAGUAUCGACGGCUUUGACACUGUUCCUGCCCAGCCAAAACGCAAAGCCUCCAGCGUUGAAGAGUUCGACUUGCUUCCUAUUCAUAAGAGACCCAUGGUUGCUCAGGUUCAUGUUCAAGACCCCAACGGCGACUAUUAUGAUCUCAGUGGCCAGACUUCUCCUUACUCCCAAUUCGUGCCGACCCCAACAGGUAGUACAGGAAUCCCUGCGUACACCACUCACGGCUCUUCUCCAAGAUCGGGUCAUCAUUAUUCGACCUCAAACACAUCCCAGGUGUCAUUGGCCGCACCGUCGCCGCACACUCCUGCGUUCAGCCCUUCGUUCACCACCGUGAAGAGUGAACAGAGCCCAGGAGUGCCCAUGACUCCCCUGGCCCGUCCAGGAUCCACAACCUCCCCCAUGAAGUCGUCUCUUCCUCAGCUGGUCCGCACAUCAACCAUCCAGCAGUCACCUCCCAGUGUGAUGAGUACCAUGGUUGCCGGACAGACCCAGACAUUUAACCCUUAUGCCAUGUAUCCCCUCAAGGCCAACCUCAAACUUAAGGGCGAUCUAGAGACCAUGAAGCAGAAUUGGACUGCAGAUGAGCGCGAAUGUCGCCGCCGCCUGGUCGAGUUCAAGCGCAACCAGAUUAACUGUACAAUCAAUGCUGAGUUUGCCCCCGUAUCUCCCCAGGACCGUGCCUCUGGCAGUAUCUGCAUUAGCUGUAUCUGGUGGAAGGAGAAGAACGAAUUCUUCGUUACUUCAGUUGACACCAUCUAUCUCCUCGAAGCGUUGGUCGGCGUCCGCUUCACUGUCGAAGAAAAGAACCGCAUUCGUCGCAAUCUCGAGGGAUUCCGCCCCAUGACGGUGUCCAAGGCUAAAACAGACAGUGAAGAGUUUUUCAAGGUUAUCAUGGGAUUUCCUCACCCCAAGCCUCGCAACAUUGAGAAGGACGUCAAGGUAUUCCCAUGGAAGAUUCUGUCCACGGCACUCAAGAAGAUCAUUUCCAAAUACUCUGCCAGCUACUCCUCAACAGCUGCAGCGAUCUUGACUCCCCCUUCUGGCAACUAUAUCCAUCCCGAAGGUGGCAUCGAAUACUACGAUGCUUCUCCGCGAACCGAAUGUAUCCCCUCGAGCGGCCCCCAAUAUUAUCUUCCACAAGAUAUGAGAUAUGUAUCCGGACCACCACCGCUGCGAAUGCCUGGGCAUAUGGCUCCUGCUCCAGGUCCGCAUGAACUGCAACUUCAGAUGCCAGAGUAUGUCCCAGCAUAUACCAUCAAUGGCCAGUAUCCUCACCAGACCUUGAGUCAACUCCCACAAAGCAGUAUGGCCAUGACGCCACACCCAAUGACGGCGCCAGUCACUCGCAUGCCAUCCUGGGGAGAGUUUGCUAAUUUCAACGACGAAAAUUCCAUGACGAUGGCGCCACUCAGUGCACCACCUACUGCUUAUCCCCGUGGACCCAUGGACAUGGGUGGAUACGUACCCCAAAUGCACUAUCAAUAUAACUAA